CUCAUUACGAAUUCCAUCUGCCGCAAUUUGUUUGAAAAACAGAAAAAAUGACUGAACCCAAUUACUGCAUUCGAGAAUUCGAAAUAAAUGACGAUUUGUGUCUCGAUUUGCAUCAAAUAAUUGAAGGUCAAGUAAGCGCAGUUGUAUGGGAUGCAAGUAUUGUUCUUGCUCGAUACCUUAUUCAUCGUUGCAACAGCUCCCCAAAGUACUUAAAAGGCAAAAAUAUCCUCGAAUUAGGCUCCGGUUUGGGAUUGUGUGGCAUGACAGCGUGUUGUUUGGGAGCAAAAUCCGUUUUAUUAACAGAUUUAGACGAAGCAAUCCCAUUAUUGCAAGUAAAUGUCGACAAAAAUAAGGAAAAAUUCGAUAAAUCUACAAAAGUUGAGGUAAAAGCACUCAAAUGGUCAACGGAGGAUGCCGCCAAAUUGAUAGAAAAUGAAAUAUUUGACGUCAUUUUGGUUUCGGAUUGUAUUUAUUACGAAGAAUCUAUCGAACCGCUGAUUGAAACUCUCGUAACUUUGCUCAAAGAGAAGGAAACAAAAGUCCUGCUGGCUCAAGAACUCCGAGAAUCACAAAAACAAAUCGAUAUUUUCAAAAAAUUCAUCAAAACAGCACGAGAAAAAAUAAUUUUUAGAGAAAUUUCUGCCGCGGAACAAGAUCCGGACUACCAAUGUGACGAAAUAAUGCUGUACGAAUGUUCGAGAAAAUAAUAUUUUUUUGUAUUUCAUCUUAAAAUUAACGAAUUCGCUUAUAAUUAAUUCAAUAAUCUUUUAUAUCUCUACAAAACAAUAAAUUUAACUGUUAUCAUCGGGCCUAUUGAAUAA